GCAUGAAUUAUAACAUCUAUCCUCGCACUCUGUAUAUAUAUCAUCGUUUGACAUAAUAGUAGCCAUGGCGGACGUUCCUGUGAGAAAUACUCUCCCCUCAUGGCCAUCCCCACAGUGGAGAGCUUGAAGAAGCUCCGCCCGCAAGCUCCGCCCUUGGAGAUCUUUCUUCGUUCCAAUUGCGACAACACUUUUAAUUUUCUGUCUACUCUUGCUUUGUUUCUCUUUUCCCUUCAAUCAGUAUCGGUCGUACACUGAGAUUGCUUCCCAUCCGUCUAACUACUAGUCUUUAGUCACCCGACUCAGCCGCCUCGAUCAAGAAAGAAAUACCCUCUACGUCCUCUGCGCCUCUGAACAAUUCACUCCCACAAAGUGAUCCGACCUCCGGACCAUGCGCAUUACAUCUACUCAACAUGGGCAACGGAGCAACACCUAGCAGCAACACCGGCGCAGCAAAUACCCCGCGAGCAGAGUCGAAUACCCCCGCGGCGCAGCUCCGUCCAGGCGGCGCGCCCGCACGAGUAUACAUGAACGAAAAGAUAGUGCCGUACUUGCUUGAGGGGAUGAAAUCCGUCGUGAAGGAACAACCCUCAGAUCCCCUACGCAUGCUAGGCGAGUUUCUGAUUCAGAAGAGCAACGAGGUGGAGGGCGGAGCGGUGCCCGUGAAAAAGUCGCCUGAGUAGGCUGGGGAUUCAGACGAUGGCGCUAGCGAGCGCUGUACAUUCCACUGGGGAUCGGUUACCUCAUGAUCUAUUGUGUCUCAUGGAGCGAGAUUCAGAAAAGGCAACUGAUUGCUCACGUCUGCAUGAGGAUGAGCACCACACCGGCCCUUGACUGAGAGCAGCUGGCGAUCCUGAUGAGAAGGGACAUGGUCUUCUCGUCAAUCUGUCUGUACCACAGAUUAUCACUGUGCUGACAUCAAAUGCUCGGCUUUGGUUAUUCGGUAUCACGGGAGAACAUCCCACCACAGACAAGAUUUUCAAUCUAUGUUGCAAGCUAGAUUCAGCGAGGAUUGUACGACUUUUGCCUUCAUAUUGUGGAUAUAGAGAGAGCCUUAAUCUCGAGGUCCAUAUUGCCUCUCUAGAGGCGACGACAUAAAAUAUCUUCUCCG